AUGGUAUCGUCAGUCUUUGUGCUCGUUGGAGCUGUGGUCGCCUAUGGCGUAUAUGCCUACGUCUCCGGCCUGCAACGCAAUAUAGCAGAAGCAAAGAAACCAUUUGAGCGCAUCGGCGAGACCUUUAUGAUCGUAUCAGCCUUUCAGAUCCUCGUCCUAACCGACAGCGCCGAAGCCAUCCACCAGAUCACACAGCAGCGCGAAAAGUUCCCAAAGCUAGUUGAGACCUACGCCAUCCUGAAGCAGUUUGGCGACAAUGUCCUGACCACUGAGGGUGCCGUAUGGCGCAUGCACCGCAAGGUCACAUCCGCGACCUUUAACGAGAAGAACGCCUCCCUCGUCUUUGCCGAGUCGAUCAAGCAGGCGCAGAGCAUGACGCGCAAAUGGCUAGGCCCAGGCGGAGAGAAGAGCAAGGAGACCAUCCAGACUCUGGAUCACGAUACAAUGCGGCUCGCCCUCAACAUUAUCAGUUAUGUGGGAUUUGGGAUGCGCCUGCUUUGGCCGGGACAGUCGCUGCCCGAGGGAGCGGAUCCGAAGCUCACAAAGUACAGCUCGCUCGAGGCGGCCCCGGGACACACGAUGAGCUUUGCGGAUGCCAUUGCCGAGAUGCUGGAGCAUAUCUUGGUUCUACUGCUGGUACCACACAAGAUCUUAAAGCUGCUGCCCUUCAAGUACACAAAAGAGGCCAUUGACUCGCACGACAACUAUGUUCAGUACAUCGACGAGCUCAUGCAGGACAAGAUUGAGGAUCUGCAGAACGGCGACCACGACGAUGCCGGUAUGGAUCUUAUGGGCCAGCUUGUGAGAUCGAAAUAUGGGGAUGGAGCGGAUGCCAACGGGGGUAUCAAUGGGACGCUGUCAAAGGGAAAGGAGUCCAAGAUACCUCAGCUGUCCAGAUCGGAAAUCUCUGGCAACGCCUUCAUCAUGUUAGUUGCGGGACACGAGACGACGGCGAACGCGAUGCACUUUGGUCUCAUUGAGAUUGCGUGCAACCCGGCCGUGCAGCGGCAGCUUCAGAGGGAUAUCGACGGCAUCUUUGGCGACAACGAUCCGAGCACGUGGAACUACGAGAGCACGGUAAACCCGAUGCUGGCGUCCAUGCUGGGCGCCUGCAUGAACGAGACGCUCCGGAUGACGCCGGCGGUUGUGGAGAUCCCCAAGAAGGUCAGCCCGGAAGGCGACGGCAUCAUUACGCUGGACGGAGAGAAGUACGUGUUGCCAAAGGGGGCAGAUAUUUCCAUCGUGGGCGUGGCAGCGCACCGGAACCCGCGCAACUGGCCGUCGAAGCCGAGCAAGAUUUCGGGGGCGGACCACGACCUGGACGACUACGCGCCGGAGCGGUGGUACAGGGCCAGCUCAAAGACGGCGGCCGAUACCAAGACUGGCGGCGAGGCGGAGGAGGACUACGGUGGGUACAGAGGCUCGGACACGAGUGAGAAGAUGUUCCGGCCGGUGCGGGGGUCCUACGUACCCUUCUCGGACGGACCGCGGUCGUGUCUGGGGCGGCGCAUCGCGCAGGUCGAAAUCAUUGCCGCGCUGUCUGUCGUAUUUCAGCGGCACAGCCUUGAGCUGGCGGUGGAUGAGUGGGCUAGAGACGCCGAGGUGGAAGCCAUGGGUCCGGAGGAAAGGCGGAAGCUGUAUAAGAAGGCGCAGGAGAAGUGCCGGGAGACUGUGAAGAAGGCGUCGACGAUGUUGACGCUUAAGUUGCCGCAGGGCAUGACUGUGCCUAUCCGGAUUGUGCCGAGAGGACAGGAAAGGUUUGUCGACAUUGUUGACUCUGCUUAG